AGCGUCUGAUGAGCUCAACGGUCCCCAGGAAGCAGCGAUGCUUAUUUGGGUAUUUUAUAGCGAUAAAGACGAGGUGAAGCGCGGAUUUUCGAGGUCAGGCGGAACAAAUGGAGACAGCUGAAUAUUUUGAAAUUAUUUCUCUCACGCUUGGUGUCAAAUGGAGGAGACUUUUGUCAUGAUUUGGCAUUGAUUUGGCGAUGUUUACUGUGCAGCCCGAUAAGUUCCCCUGAAGAGUAACGGGAGCCUCUAGCCUUCAGCUGCCUUAAUAUUAGGCAGUAAAAUACAGAAGAAAAGACAAUUAUAAUUAUUUCUUCUGGGUUGUGGGGCUGGCGGCAAGCCAAUAAUUUACUCUGGAGCCGGAAACGGAGGAUAGUAUGGCCAUGACGGGAGGGACUGCAGCUGCCCUACCCAUGAGCAACCACACCCGUGAGAGGGUGACCGUGGCCAAGCUGACACUGGAGAACUUCUACAGCACUCUGCUCACCCAGCACGAGGAGCGGGAGAUGAGACAGAAGAAGCUGGAGAAGGCCAUGGAUGAGGAGGGUUUGCCUGAUGAGGAGAAAGUAAUGCGUCGCUCGCAGCAUGCCCGUAAGGAGACUGAGUUUUUGCGGCUGAAGAGGACGCGGCUCGGCCUGGAUGACUUUGAGUCUCUUAAAGUUAUUGGGCGAGGUGCUUUUGGAGAGGUCCGUUUGGUGCAGAAAAAAGACACGGGGCACAUAUACGCCAUGAAGAUUCUGAGAAAAGCCGACAUGCUGGAGAAAGAACAGGUCGCUCAUAUCCGAGCAGAGCGGGAUAUUCUGGUGGAGGCAGACGGCGCCUGGGUGGUUAAGAUGUUUUACAGCUUCCAGGACAAGAGGAACCUCUACCUCAUCAUGGAGUUCCUACCUGGAGGCGACAUGAUGACUCUGCUGAUGAAGAAGGACACUCUGUCCGAAGAGGCCACCCAGUUCUACAUCGCAGAGACGGUCCUGGCCAUCGACUCCAUCCACCAGCUGGGCUUCAUCCACAGAGACAUCAAACCAGACAACCUGCUGCUGGACUCCAGGGGACACGUGAAGCUGUCAGAUUUUGGCUUGUGUACGGGACUGAAAAAGGCUCAUCGCACAGAAUUUUAUAGGAACCUGACGCACAACCCGCCCAGUGAUUUCUCUUUUCAAAAUAUGAACUCCAAGAGGAAAGCAGAGACCUGGAAGAAGAACCGGAGACAGCUGGCUUACUCUACUGUAGGGACUCCUGACUACAUUGCUCCUGAAGUCUUCAUGCAGACGGGAUACAACAAGCUGUGUGACUGGUGGUCUCUGGGGGUCAUCAUGUAUGAAAUGCUCAUCGGCUAUCCACCCUUCUGCUCGGAGACGCCGCAGGAGACGUACAGGAAGGUGAUGAACUGGAAGGAAACCCUCGUCUUCCCGCCUGAAGUCCCCAUCUCAGAGAGGGCCAAAGACUUGAUAUUAAGGUAUUGCACUGAUGCAGAGAACAGGGUCGGAGCUGUGAGUGUGGAGGAGAUUAAGAGCCAUCAGUUCUUUGAGUCCGUCGACUGGGAGCACAUCAGGGAACGGCCUGCAGCCAUCUCUAUCGAAAUCAAGAGCAUCGACGACACCUCAAACUUUGACGACUUCCAAUCAGACAUCCUCCAGCCAGCCAGCUCAACAGAGCCGGACUUCAAAUCCAAGGACUGGGUCUUCCUCAACUACACGUACAAACGUUUUGAGGGCCUGACUCAGCGAGGCACCAUCCCCACAUACAUGAAGGCGGGGAAGGCCUGACACGCUGCAACGUGGAGACAUACAAAAAAAACAAACAACAACAGACGUUUACGGACACAGGGUCGGGCCGUGGAGCCCCCGCUGGUGCUGAAGGCCACGCUGUCGGCCUCUCAGUGUAAUUUAACCCUCAUCACAUGUUAUUUAGGCGUGCUCAGCCUCGGCGAGAACGCCAAGAGCUCAGAAAUUAAGGAGCGUUACCGCAUUACCUCGGUUGUUUAUAUAGCGUCUACACGUGCCGUCUUUAGCCAUAGCUCUCAGGCCAGUUCCUCGACACUAAAUCAGCAUAUCUGCAUGUUAAGCGGCAUUACUGCUUCCGGAGAGGAUUUUUUAAAAAACUGCCUAAACGCGAUAGUGAGAAUAAAGGUUGGAAAACGAAUCACUGCUUUGACAGUGAUGGUUUCUACACUGGAGGCUCCAUUAGCUCUGCUGCAAACAUCAUUUCUAACACUGAAGAUAAAAUCUGUACACUGGAGUCGAACGCUGAAGGAUAAGUGAGUAACGACAGGCCCCUGCCCUUUUGUCACCAAUAUCUCUGGGGAUUUUUGAAGGAAGGUUCCAGCAUGGUUUCCAGGGUUUUGACUCUCUCUCUGCUUUGUUUUUAAGUGUAACUCUCACCGACAAAGAAAGCACAUCAAGAUUCAGCUGACAGAAGCCUCUUACUUUGGUUUUAACCGUCGGUUUAGGUUGUUGCCUUGUAGCCUGGUUCAGCCUCAACAUCACACAUUCAGGGUGCUGAUGGUGCAAGUUCCUGCUAGCAAAAUGCUUUGAUGAUAACAGCCGACCCUUUUAGCCUCAAAAUGCUCUGAGACCAGAGAGGCAUCGUUUAGUAUGUUAACCGUAAUAUUUUACAACCAGGCUUGUGCAGUAGAUGUGUAUUUAAUAUAUCUCUAUAUUUUUUGGAUUGGCAUAAAAGUAUUUUGCAUCUAGCGCCAUCAUCAUGUAAAAAAAAAAAACGAGGUUGGUCCAAUUUGGAUUUGUGAUCAUCUUCUGUGGAUUCUGCUUUUCUGGGUUUAGCAUUUAGCUCAAUGCAGAGCUUUGUCCGUAUGCAUAUGCUCAAAGAGCUGCUAGCGCUGAUGUAAUCUUAUGACGUGUCUCCUUUCCGAUACUUGAGUGCACUGCUGUGUAGCACACUGUGUGCAUCAUCUACCUAUCGGCAUGCUCAAAUAGUGCAGAAAGUUCCAACAGAGUGUUGAAACUCAACCUAGCAUACAGAGGCGCUGCUCGUCAACAGGCAAGGCAGGCAACUGCUUGGGGCCCCAGAUCAUUACGGGGCCCCAAAGCAGCGGCCAUAAAAUGUGCAAACUUUUGCAGUGACGGUUGGAAACCUCCCUAAGGGACUCCCAUCUGACAGAACUCACUGUCUUUGCCCUGCUGAACGCUGAUUGGAGGGCCCCCAAAUUGAUUUUUGCCUAGGCCCCCAACAGACUCUAGAAUCAGCACUGCAAGCAUGAACAUUUAUUCAUUGAGUUGAAACUGUGUGGACUAUGUUGUAACUUUAAUUUGCUUCUGUCUGCCCCAGCUGCAUGCUGGAUGGAAAUGAUGCAGCUAUCUAGUGCCAAUUCAUAACAAGUGUUAUCUCGAGACGCUUUACAAAAGAGCAUCGGGGAUAAGAUGCAGGAAGGAUUUCUCCUUUGUGUUCUUUAUGUUCCUGUUGUCCACACUUCCUUACGGCUGAGGUGGAGGUCGGAGUAGGCCGUAUAUAUAUAAGGCAUAUAUUGGUGAAAAGGAAGGUGCUCCAGUGUGUUUUUAAAGUCUCUUAAAGUGACAGAUGCUUCUGUGCUGCUGAUGAGGGGAGGAGAGUAUAUCAUAUAUCAUGCUGGAACCCUCCUUCCCCCCCCCCAGGUUCUGAUGAAACACCGAGCAUUUUGCCUCAGCGCUGAGAAACAAGUGUUGCCAGGAAACGUGUGAAUGCAGUUUGCCCCUGUGCUCGACAUCCGUUACUGCGGAGUGCCGCUCAUUCACAUCACGCCAAACAAACCGCCAUAGUGUGUCACUUCCCCCUUAAGAGCCGGCUGUUUGUUGUUCAGAUCAGUGCCACAGUCAUUGAUAUUUCUCCUGACUUUAAUCCUUAAUGAAGCCCCAGGGUCGAUCCCUUUCUUCUGAGGUGGACAUGCAAAGUGCCUUUAAAGAGCUGAAGAGCUGAUACUUCAGCAAUCGGAAGGAAUUAAAAAAGUAUUAGAAGAUGAUAAUAAUCAAAGUUAUAGAGCUGAAGGAGAAGGGAGAAGCAAAAGAAGGAAACUGAAGAGAAAAGAUUUAUGAGUCAACUUGUAUGAAACCGUCCCUAAGAAGAAAAAAGAAAAAACUACAAUGUGUCAAAUUUAGUCUGAAACAUGAAACAUUACUGUAAGAAAGCAGAAUCCUGAAAAAGCAUUUCAGCAAGCUGAAGAGUUUUUGUUGGUUGGAUAAUAAAACACAAGGCUCAUAAAAACAAUUCUACAAGGAACAAAAUGUUCAUGUAAAGAUUAAAUAGAUAUUAGAGACUAAAUGAGAUGAGAUUAAAGCUCCUGUGAGGAACCCUCUGGUUUGUCGACCCCCUGUGGACAAAGCUGGGUGAACGAUCUGUUUUCUGUUUUAUUUUCCAUGUGAAUGUGAAAGUAGUCGUUGUUAACCAAUCAUCCUUCUUGGUGUGUUAGGGCCUUUACACUUUUGAAACACGGAGAUCGUUUUAGCCGAUUCGACAUGUUGUAUCGGUCUGUCCUCACUGGAGCUUUAACAUGGAAGAUAUUUUAGACACUUGUGUUCGAGCUGCUUAGAUGUCUUUAUUUAUCUUGUAUAAGAAGACCCUCACCGUGUAUAGCUAAAGUAAAACCUGUCCUAAAAAAACAACAACAACAGUUUAAGCACGUCUGCUUAGAGUUGCGACGAGCCAGCGCUACAAAGUAGUUACCAAAGAUCUCUGAUCAUCUCUCCUCGUGAUCUGAACACACAUUCAGCUGAAGCCGUCGCUUCGUGCACUCAACUCAAUACUACCUUUAAAAAAAAAAAAAAAAAACACCUUUUCAAGAGAGCCAAACAUGUUGAUAGAAAAAUCUGAUGUUUAUACUUCUACACUCGUCAGAAAAAGAAAGUGCUGAGUCAGGUGUUUCUAUGUUGUGUGUCAAAAAAAGCUACAUACAGGGAAAGUGAACACACAGAGGACUUAACCGUCCAGCUGUAGUCGUCGUGAGAAUCACAGUUUGAAAUGUUGGUGGUGCUAUUUCUGAGGGAUCCACAGAGAAAGGAUCUGAACGUGUGGUUUAAUUAUGAGAGAUAAGCGAUGAUAGCCUCUGUCAUCAUAUUUGAUUUGUUAAAUGUAUAAUAAUAGCCUUUAACACUCCACAAAGACUGACACAAAGAACAUAUUCAUUGUUUAAAUUAGGGAUGAUUUAUGUGUAUAUUUCUGCAUUAUUUUGUUCAAUGUUUUUUAAAUUCCAUUCUGUGCUAAAAUCCCUGAAUUUAAAUUGAACUGUUUUCAUGAAAGUCGAUAUUUAAAGGGGCGCUCCGGCUGUUUAGUAAUCAUCAUCCACAAAAAAGGGAGAAAGAAAAGGUAAACACAGGUGAAGCAGAAGAUGCUCAGAUGUUUUGAUGGGGACAGAGGUCUCCUGAGUGACAGAAAAACCACCUUCCUGUAACUGUCACAGAGCUCAUUGAUGCAUACUGGUUGAAAUGGUUUGUCCCGUCCCUCCAAAACAUGUUUCAUGCUGCUUAAUCAAAUCAGAGUCUAGCUAACUGAGCUUGAUGUGAAGAAUAGACGGAGUGCCUCUUUAUUUACCGUGGGAACAUGUCUGUAAAGGUCAAAUCUAACAAUCUGCUUCCCUUCAAAUAAACAACCCUGAUUGGGUCGUUUCCCCUAAUGAUAGAAAUCAAAAUGAUGUCAUCAAAGCUACGACUGUACCGUAGCAGGACGGACGCAUGAUGGAGGAUUUUUGUUGACGUGUGUCAAAACACUGGAACACCCAAACGCAUCCUGGGAGGACGCCAUGUGCAGAGCGUCCUUUUUCCCCAGGAUUGUUUGUGUGACUGACUGUGAGAGCAAAUGUGAAGGAGAAACGUGGCGGUGUUCUCAUGAAGUAGAACCUUUCUGUUGUGAGGUGAUGUGUUGGAUGUCAUGCUCAGUUCUGUGUUGUAAACGGGAAAUGAUUCAACCUUUAGUUUUUUAGUAGCUGCGUAGGAGACGAAGAAGAGAAGAGAGAGAAACUGCUGUACUAGGGAUCCAUACAGUUCUAUUUAAAUGUACCACAUGACUUGAAAUCCAUUACUGUGCCACUUUAUCCAAAGGGAGCUAAAUUAUUUAGAGCUCAUUUUUCUGUGACGAUGAAACCAGUUCAGGAAAUGCUUCACUUUCAUCCCAUAGCCCCGGCUUUUAUUUCUGAUGGACCAAACCGGCUCACUGGUCCAGCCUGCGUCUCGUCAGUCACAUCGAUGUCACAGAAAUCAGUCAUUAUUGAUGUUUAGCAAAGUCAAACCCCUAACUCAGAGAAUGACGAAACACAUAUUUAUUCUCGGCAAAGAACCUCCGACCCCCCCCCCCCCCCCCCCAAACCUCCUCCAGAGACCAGGACUUUGUGUUGAGGUAUUUCUGUGUUUUGCUGUGUACAUAUUGUUGUAGGAACACUUGAAGGAAACUGUUUGUGGAGUGAAGGAGGGAGAUGCUCAUUAAUGUAUUCGUUCAUUUAAUGAGUUUUUAUGUUGAUAACAUGCUGACAAUAAUAAAAUUAAACACUGAAAUACUU